AUGACCAAAAGAUAUAAUGAGCAUAAGAGUGGAGAGGAGCGCGCCGCAAUGUGGACACGAAAAUAUCAGCCAAUUAGUAUUAAAUGGACAAGAAUGACCAAUAAUGGCUCUUUGGAACUGGCAAAAACUCUUGAAUACAUGAAAAUAUACGGCAUUGAAAACGUAAGAGGUGCCUGUUAUAGUAAGGUUGAUUUGCACGAAGAGGAUUAUCAGUCUAUUCAUCAUGAUUUACUACAUAUAUGUUUUCGCUGUGGUGAAGACAGACAUUGGGCUCACGAAUGCAAUAAAUGUAGUAAAUGUAAUAGCACUGCGAGUUCAGCUGCUACAAUUGUGGCAGACCCGGUCAUUAUACUCAAAAUUGUAAUUAUUGCAAUGAAUGUGACAAAUAUGGUCACCAUUCAAAGAAUUGCCAUAAGAGGUGGCUGUAAAUUAGCUUUAAGAGAAAAUCAAUCUGUAGUUUAG